ACCUAUAUAUUCACUCACCGGGAUUUGAUGAAAGAAAAAAAACUACUCAAGAGUCCAUUCUAGUACAGAAAGGGUCCGAGUGGAACAACUUUUGGUCAAUAAUGGAUCGUGGAAAAAGGCCAGACAGAUCUCUUGCUGCACAGAAUAAUAAGAUCUAUAUGGAUCUUAAGGACAUCAUCAGGGAACAUUCCCUUUCUUUUCUUCCUGCCAAAUCACUUUUCAAAUUCCGUGCUGUAUGUAGGGACUGGAAACUCCAGAUUUCGAGUCCAUUUUUUGCCCAUAAACAGUCCCUUUCUUGUCGCGGUACUUCAGGCUUCUUUCUCCAAAAACCUGAUGGUUCUCCUUCUCUCAUACCCAUAGACCCAAGCUUUUGUGGGGUGCCAGAUCCAUUCCUUAAGUUUUUGCCCGAGCCUGUUGACAUUAGGUCCUCCUCUAAUGGACUGCUUUGCUGCCAAGGUUGUUCAGGGGACAGGGCCUACUACAUAUGUAAUCCUGUUACUCAGCAGUGGAAGAAAUUUCCAAAAUCUAAUGCGGAUCAUGGAUCAGAUCCAGUGAUUGUGCUCUUAUAUGAACCAUCAUUGCUCAACUUUGUAGCUGAGUACAAAAUUAUAUGCGCUUUUCCAUCCACAGAUUUUGGUGAUGCAAUUGAGUUUGAUAUCUAUUCAUCCAAAGGGAAUUCUUGGGAAGUUGCUGGGGAGAUCCAUUUUGGAGCUAGAGCAUCACGUAUGCCAAAAUCAGGGGUUCACGUGAAUGGUGUUGUUUACUGGAUGACAAAUACUGGUAGUAUUCUUUCUUUUGAUCUAACAAAGGAGAGGUCACAGCUCCUUCAAAACUAUGAUUCUCAUGGGAUUUUGGGGGAGUUUAGAGGAAAGCUCUGUAAGACUAAUGUUUGGGGUAAUUCGAUCAGUUUUAACAUUUUGGAUAAUGUCCACUCAAAUACAAUGCAAAUGGGAAGCCAAACCAGAAUGUGGUCAGUAAAACAGGAGGUUGUUCUUGACAGUAGAGUUGUUGGGGAUGUAGGGGGAGGGGGCUUCUCAGUUUUACAUGUUGACAGUGAUAUGUUGGUGGUCCGAAGAGGGGGGAAAGCCUUUUGGUAUGAUUUCAAGUCUCGUGCAACAAAAUGCAUUCCGGGUGAAUUUCAUAAUGCGACCAGAUGCUUGCCCUACGUCAACAGCUUAGUCUCUCUCUAGUCUGCCUUGGCUGCAGUCGAAGGUUCUUUGUUUGGAGAUGCAAUCAGCUUUCAAGAAUUGCAGAAGUUUUCGAUAAUUAUCAUAAGCUUUAGUCUAUUUUAUAUUUCAUGUUAUUAUUAUUCAUAACUUUAUCAGCGAUGAUUACUUUACCUUUUGACUUUCAAGUGACAGCGCAAGUUUAAUUAUCGUAUAUGAUAGCAGUGGAUAUAUUAAACUUUUUAUAAAUGAAGUUCAUUUUAUUAUUCCUUUCA